AUGACAGAAACCUCCUCCCUCGCCAUCACGCACGCCACAACGGAUCCGUACCCGGUCCCCGCUCCUCCAGGCUCUCCUGUCAAUGGUGCACUUUCUGACUCGGGCGCGCCCGAUGAAGAAGAACCCUACACCAUCAAAUGUAUCUGUCAAUUUAACGAAGAUGACGGUAGCACGGUAUUCUGCGAACGCUGUGAGACAUGGCAGCAUAUUGUCUGCUACUAUCCAGACAAGCGAGUACCGGAUGUGCACAACUGCAUCGAAUGUGAGCCACGUCAGUUGGACAGCCGUCGCGCUGCCGACCGACAACGCCAACGACGGAUCCGAGAACAGAGCGAGGACGGGGACCGAAGGAAACGAUCCAGUGCGAAGGCGCCCAAGAAAAAACCCAAGGAUGGCGACAUGAAUGGAUACGUCCAUCAACGCAGCGAGUCUGGCACGCGUGAUCAACCUCCAUCAAAGAAGCCGAAGACCUCCCAUCGAUCCUCUACCUCCGUCAGUGCACUCUCUGGGGCUCCUCAUCUACCCACCCAGUCUCGCAAACGACGCUCUUCUACCUCUAUUGCGCCCUCUCCCACGAAAUCCUUCGGACCCUCUAUCCCUCUCUAUUCAAAAGAAUUCCUACACCUCUACGACGCAGAUGAUGACCAUGUAGACAUGGACAGUAAUCUAUUUGUCAAUGUGAGUCUGGUGGGGGAAACAGCUUCCUGGGUAAAGAACCCAGAUGCCUUGGCGCGAGUCACCAAUGGACGCCGAGCCGAAGACACAUUUAUGUGGUCUGACGCUGCUCUGGAUCGCUCUCGCUGGCCCGCCCUCACCACUGAUACUCUUACCGACCCCACCGUCACAGUUGGUAGCCGAAACCCCUCAUGGAAAAUCGUGAGAACUCAAGAUGCUGUGCGGAAAGACGACGUUGUUGGAGAAAUCACAGGCAAGGUUGGGAUGUUUGACGACUAUUGUCUUGAUCCCAACAAUAGGUGGUCUGAACUGCGUCACCCUGAACCUUUUGUUUUCUUUAGCUCUCAUCUGCCACUCUAUAUCGAUAGCCGAUAUGAAGGUAGUAUGCUCCGCUACACACGUCGAUCUUGUCGGCCAAAUGUCACCAUGAAGAUCUUUAUCACCAACGACGUCGAGUAUCAUUUCUGCUUUGUCGCCAAGGAAGAUAUCCCCGCAGGCUCGGAGAUUACAAUUAUGUGGUAUCUAGAUGCGCAGCUGUCUGAGUCAUCUAAUGGCCUGGUCAAACAAGAAUCAGGGGAUAGUGCGACGGAUGCUGCGGCCGUUUGCAUUAGCAAUACUCUCGCAAAUUUUGGUGGAUGUGCUUGUGAGCACCCACAAAACUGCUUGCUAGCCAACAUCGACCGCCGGCGGCACCCAAAGUUACUUGAAACCCCAAAGCAGACCAAUGGUAAGCGGAAGAAGCCCAAGACAAAGUCUGGUACAUCUCCGCUGGAUACGCGUCGCGGCUCGACCAGCCGUGCUGGAAGUGAAACCACAAAGCACAUUGAAGAGGAUGACGCAGUCGAUAGUCGUUCCACCUCAGCGUCUGUGCGGAAGUCUCUUAGUCGUGACCUAAGUCCAACUGCGUCUAGCCAGGGCCUUGCAGGGCUUGGCAUGUCUAGCCGUGAGCGUCGCAAGAUUGCUGAUGCAGAGAAACAGUUCCAGGCACUGGAAAAUGAUCAAAGAACCACUGCGCAAAAGAAAAAGAAACGCACCAGUGCUCUCUCUGCACAAUCUCCCUCCACUAUCGCAAACUCCUCUUCAACCAACACCACAUCAACGCAAACUGGAUAUUUUGAAUCACAACGUGAAUUCAACAAGAUGUCUAAAGCCGUGAAUGAAUCUCGGUCUCCCACUGCAGGCUUGUCACCGGGUUCUUUGCCGGUUCCUCGACACACAUCGGGGUCGACUCCGGCCACUCGGACUCCAGUCACUCGACCCGUCCAUCAGCGCAAAACAUUUGUCGACACGGCAGUCCAGGUGGAUACCAUUGACCUUGGCUACUUCGCAAACCCUAUUCGUACCAAGGGCCCCAACCGGUUUACCUGGGUCCCCCAUCGAGUGCGGUUGAUACGUCGAUACGCUGAACAGUGUCGUGCUCGAAGAGAAGCGAGAGAAGAGCUUGAACGACAGCAAUUGUCAUCAGCUGGUUCUGAUAGUGUGGGUCCUGCGGAAUCAAUGUCUCCUUUCACUCAGUCCCCUACCAUUGCGCGGACAGACAAACUCGACAUUGAGAUGAUGGACGCGGAGGUGGAUACUUCUCAAGCCAUGCCAUCGGCUGGGGAUGUGGAAAUUCGGGGUGAAUCUGUUGUCAGCCAUGUCGAUCAGGACCCAAGCAAGCCUCUAAUUACCCCGCCAUGGCCGUCAACUGUCGCCCACAACACCAGACUUCCGGGAUCGACUACUCCCAUCCAUCGCGAAAAUCUUCGUGUCUCCAUGCCUCCACCUAGCAUCCCCACCAUCCCUCUUGCUGUUAGUCCUGGCUCGGCAUCUACCGCUAGUCUUGCUUCUCCUUCCACCGCCGAUGGGUCCUCUCCUCAUUCUGCCCAAAUGCCACUUGCGCCGACUCCGACGCCAGCCAAGAAGAAACUCAGUCUUGGCGAUUACCUGAGCCGCCGGGGUACCUUGGCAACCCCAACAUCGGAGAAGGCUCAAAUUCAGGCCCUUGCUACUCCUGCGCAAAAUUCCCCCCCACUCCGGGAUCAGGACACGCAGCGAGUGCAGACGAUGCACAGACUCCUUCCAGGCCAUCAUUGGACAACAAGGCUGAGCCAUUGCAGUCCCCUGAUGUAUUGA